CACCUAUUUAUUUGCUUCCUUCUUCAUUCAGACUCCUCCCAAAACUGUAGAAAAGCUGUCUUCCGAGCAAAAAUAAUAAUAAUAAAAAUAAAAUAAAUGCCGAGCCGCUGCGAGAUCUGCUGUGAAAUUCUCAUCGCGAUCUUGCUUCCUCCGUUGGGCGUCUGCUUCAGGCAUGGUUGCUGCAGUGUCGAGUUCUGGAUAUGCUUGCUUCUAACUCUGCUAGGUUACAUUCCCGGGAUAAUCUACGCACUCUACGCGAUCGUGUUCAUCGAUCGCGAGGAGUACUUUAACGAAUACCGACGGCCUCUAUACGCCGCUUGAUUUGAUUCCUCCGAUCUUGGCCUGAUUUGUGCUGGUGUAUGCAGUAUGGUUUCCAAUUCCUCAGAUCGGAUCGUUUCUGUGCUAGUGAGCUAAUUUAUCGUGUUUUUGUUCAUCGUUGUUCCUGUAAUUGUAACCAUUUCUGAAUGUUAGACUGUUUUUUUGGAUGUGAUAGUGGUUUCCAAAUCCAGAGAUUGAAUCGUUUCUGUGUUGGUGAACUAAUUUAUGGUGUUUUUGGUCUUCAAUGUCUUUAUAAUUGUUGAUGUAAUGUGAUGAGAUUAUUUUUAUAUUUUUUGUU